CACACCCACAGUUGAAAGUAUAUAAAUGGUCCCUUCCAGGAGUGGCAUCCAAACUCAGAUCUUCUCAGUGUAACUCAGCUGAACUCACAUCUCCCGUCAACAUGUCCUACAACUGCUGCUCUGGAAACUUCUCCUCCCGCUCCUGUGGGGGCUACAUGCGCUACCCAGGCUCCUCCUGUGGCUCUUCCUACCCCAGCAACCUGGUCUACAGCACUGACCUCUGCUCUCCCAGCACCUGCCAGCUGGGUUCCUCUCUCUACGGGGGCUGUCAGGAGCCCUGCUGCGAGCCCACCAGCUACCAGACAUCCUGUGUGGAGUCCAGCCCCUGCCAGACCUCCUGCUACCGCCCGAGAACCUCUGUGCUCUUCAAUCCCUGCCAGACGACUUACUCUGGGCCUCUAGGCUUUGGCUCCAGCAGCUGCCGCCCCCUGGGCUAUGGAUCUAGGAGCUGCUACUCAGUGGGCUGCGGAUCCAGUGGCUUCAGAUCCCUGGGUUAUGGAGGCUGCGGCUUCCCUUCCCUGGGCUAUGGAUCUGGAUUCUGCCGCCCAACCUACUUGGCUUCUAGGAGCUGCCAGUCUUCUUGUUACAGACCAACUUGUGGAUCAGGCUUCUAUUAUUGAUCAUCUUGUUAAACUGCUAAUUUUAUUGGCCGAUGCCAUUAAUGUCUCUACUCAUAACCUUUAUUGUCUUCAUCUUGUACAGAAAGAAUUAGCCUCUUAUUCUCUAAUUAUCAAGUUCUCAAUUUGUCUUUGGCCCCAGAUACUGACUGGCAGGCUUCAUCUGAAAACCUGUGUACUAACCCAAAAUAAUCUUGAAGUACACAUUAAAGUUAGAAUUUAUAUUAUUUUAUUUUUUCCACAAUUGUGGAAAAAGUCAAAUCAUUUUAACGAAAUAAAUCUACUGGUCUGAUAUUCA